GCUGCCUGACCCAGUCGAAGUUUAUCAAUAACGUUGGUGUAACCGUGAUCGAUAUGACGACACACACUUUAUAAAUGAAAGUUAACGAGUAUUAAACCACCAGUUGAAUAUUAAUCCCCAAGACGUUCGGCUACAGUGCGAGUCAACGUUGACGGCAAAAAACCAGGCAAUUCAUCGCUCCAGCGCACCAGCAGUGUUCUGUAUUAUAUUCAGCUUCCGAGUGCUCGACAUCGAUUACAUAAAAUGCCCUGUCCGUUCGUGGGAUCAAUGAAUCAAGCCUUCGUCCGAAACUACGGAGGGGCUCUGAUGAAGCAAUACGGAAACUUCUGCCCCAUCAUCUCGCGCGGUUUCCGCUCGCUCGGGGUCGACGAGACGAAAUGUCCCUUCAUCCAGAACAACCCGAUCAUCUCGGACGCGCCCAAGGAGAUGACGGAGGACAUCAAGGAGGCGCCCGCCUACAAGUACGAGAACUUCUUCAACGACCAGAUCAACGCCAAGAAGAAGGAUUACUCGUACCGCGUAUUUCGCAAGGUCUCGCGGUUGGCCGCGGACGGCGCUUACCCUCAAGCGCUGGAGGGCGCCGAGAACCGCCGCGUGACCGUGUGGUGCGCCAACGACUACCUCGGUGCGUCGCGUCACCCCGUCGUGAAGGACGCCGCCAUCUCCGCCAUCAAGUCCUACGGCACGGGCGCCGGGGGAACCCGGAACAUCGCUGGUAACUCACAAAUGACUGAAAAACUCGAAUACGAGCUCGCUAAGCUUCACAAGAAGCCUGCCGCUUUAAUAUUUAGUUCUUGUUUUGUCGCGAACGACGCGACCCUUUCCACUUUAGCUAAGAUACUGCCCGGUUGCAUUGUUUACUCUGAUGCAGGCAACCACGCAUCAAUGAUACAGGGAAUCAGAAACAGUAGAGCACAAAAGCAUAUCUUUAGACACAACGAUCCCAGCCACUUGAAGGAGCUGCUGGCCGCGUCGCCCGAGGGAGUACCGAAACUAGUCGUUUUUGAGACUGUCCACUCUAUGAGUGGAGCCAUUUGCCCCCUGGAGGAGAUGUGCAACAUCGCCCACGAGUAUGGAGCCCUUACUUUUGUAGACGAGGUUCAUGCGGUGGGUCUCUAUGGAAAGCAUGGUGCCGGGAUUGGGGAGGAGCGUGGUAUUGAGGACCACAUAGAUAUUGUGUCAGGAACCCUCGGAAAAGCUUUUGGUAACGUGGGAGGCUACAUCGCCGGGUCGUCCCUGUUGAUAGACACCGUGAGGUCCUUAGCUCCGGGAUUUAUUUUUACCACUGCCCUCCCGCCUCCGGUUUUGGCGGGAUCUCUGGCCGCCAUAAGACUUCUGGCGAGCGAGGAGGGAAGGAGUCUGAGAGCCAAACACCAAGCUAUUGUUCGCUACCUGAAGCUGUCGUUAUUGAUAGCUGGUCUCCCGCAACUGCCAUCUGUGAGCCACAUCGUCCCUGUGCCUAUUACGGGGGCGGAUAAGGUGGCCCUUGUGGCCGAGUCCCUCAUGAGACGAGGCCACUACGUCCAAGCUAUAAACUAUCCCACCGUCGCGAGGGGCGAGGAACGCCUGAGAUUCGCUCCAGGUCCGUACCACACUACAGAGAUGAUAGACAGCUUAAUCACUGCUCUUAUUGAAUCAUUCCACGAAAACAACAUAAGUUUCAACGAGUUCAUGAAGAACGGCGCAUGUCGUGAAUGUAGCAUGGAGUACAAGGUGGACAUUGGGUACCAAGAACCACUGAAGUACCCUAAAAUCGCAGCAUAAUGUUGAUUCUAUUAGUAAAUUUUAAUUGGGGGCAAAUAAUAUGACAUAUAAUAUGUUGUUUUAUAUAAAGUUUAUUUAGUUGAUCUAUUUAUGGUAAACGGUGUAACUGUUUAGAAUUUAAAAAAAAUAUCUUAAUUUGGGAAUUAAAUGUAUAUCUU